AUGUCAUUGUAUACGAUUCUAUUUGUAACAAUUACAAUUUAUAUAUUAAGAUUGAUAUUAACAAGAAAGUAUAAUUAUUGGUCAAAGAAGAAAGUUCCACAUCUAAAUCCUCUUUUACUGUUUGGAAAUUACAAAGAUUUGAUAUUAUUAAAGAAACCUAGGCAAUUGGUUGCUCAAGAGAUCUGCCAGAAGUUUCCCGACGAACCCUAUAUUGGAACUUAUUUUGGGACGGAACCCGCGCUUCUCGUUCAAGAUCCUGACAUUCUCAAGCUUAUAUUGGCAAAGGACUUUUACUAUUUUAAUGGAAGAGAAAUAUCUGAGCAUGUUAAAAAAGAAACUGUUACCAGAAACUUAUUUUUCUAUGGAGGAGAUGAUUGGAAAAUCCUUCGACAGAAUUUAACACCACUUUUUACUGCGUCUAAAAUGAAAAAUAUGUUUCCACUUAUUAUUGAUUGUGCCAACAAUUUAAAGACAACGAUUGAAAUUGAAAGAGAAAUGUCUGAAAAAUUGGAUGCGAAAUCUUUUUUAGCAAAGUAUGCGGUGGAUUGUAUCACGAAUUGCGCAUUUGGAUUCAACGCUAACACAAUGAUUUCUUGUGACCCUAAUAAUAUCUUCGUCAAUAUGGGAAAAACUAUAGCUGGUAACACGAUAAGAAGAGGCUUAAAAAAUAUAUUUCAUGCAAUGUGGCCUGGGUUAUUUUAUGGUAUUAAGUUAAGACUAUUCGAUACAGCCUUAAGUAAUUUUUUUCAUGAUCUACUUAUAGAUAUUUUCAAAAGCCGUAUAAACACUAAAUCGUCGAGAAAUGACUUUAUAGAUCUUUUCUUGUCCUGGAAACAAAGUAAAUUUUUAAUAGGCGACAGUUUAUCUAAUAUAACAACAGGUAAAAAAAAUACUGUUCAUAUAAAAGUAACAGAUGAACUGCUAGUAUCACAAUGUGUGCUAAUUUUUGGUGGAGGAUUUGAAACAACGUCCACGACACUGAGUUUCUUUUUGUAUGAAAUUGCAAAACAUCAGGAUGUUCAAAUAAAACUGAUUGAAGAAAUUGAUGCUUAUUUUCAAAAACACAAUGGCAUUAUAGAAUACGAAUGUACUACUGAAAUGCCAUACCUUGAGUCAUGUAUAGACGAAACGAUGCGCUUGUACCCAGUAUUUGGUGUUUUAAUGAGAGAGGUAAUGAGCGACUACGUAUUCCCAACUGGACUUAGUUUAAAAAAAGAUGAUCGUAUACACAUUCCUGUAUAUCAUGUCCAUCACAAUCCCAAAAACUUUCCAAAUCCAAAAGAGUUUAGACCAGAACGAUUCUUUAAGGACGAAAAGAAUAAUAUAAAACCAUACACUUAUUUAGCUUUCGGUGAAGGUUCUAGAAGUUGCAUCGGUGCUCGAUUUGGCAAGAUGGUCAUGUUUGCAGGAAUUAUCAAACUUUUGAAGGAGUACAGAGUACAGCUCGCAGACGACAUGCCAUUUAGAAUUGGUUUCGACCCUAAACCAUUUGUUACUGUACCCGACCAACCUAUUUUCCUUAACCUUAUUCGUCGUUUUCCCGAA